GCCCGACUAAUUUUUGUAUUUUUAGUAGAGACACAGUUUCAUUGUGUGGGUUAGGCUCCUGUCAAACUCCUGACCUCAUGAUCCGCCCACCUCAGCCUCCCAAAGCGCUGGGAUUACAGACUUGAGCCACCGUGCCCGGCCUGUCCUGUGUUCUUAGGCUAGAUGUUUUCCAUCUCUGUCUCCACAAUAUUUGUACUCCACAGAUUCCCUGAAUCCUAGGCGUCUUCUCCGUCAAGACUGGGAAGAAGUGGAAAACAAGUGGAAAGAUUGCAGUGCUCAGUUUACUUGCACACUUGAACAAAGGGAUUUAGAUACAUACUUUGUCUUAGACAAAAGUUCUAGGUGCUUAGGGUUAGUCAGUAGGCAAGGCAUCGAGAUACUCUGCAGGGCUUUCAUUUCAUUGUGUUACCAGUCAACAUACAUUCUUAACUCCCCUCAGAAAAUUGCCUGAGUUUAUUAACUUAGAGCUGUGAAUUUAAUGCAGAUGUGUCUGAUUCCGACCCCAAAAUAGCACAUGGCUGCAUAGCCCAAGCUACAGUACCCUUACCUGGACUGGUAACAGCUAGCUUUCUUAGUGCCCUGCUUACUCCAGCUACUAAGAAUGCAGUGGGAUGGUAUAACAGCAUUCCACUUCAUUCUUAGCCAGGGUAAAGCUUGUUUAACAAACUGAUUUUUGACUCAGUUUCAAAGCCCUUAAUUGACAAAUUGUGGCAUAUCUAUACUAUGAAAUACUCUCCCAUGAUGAAAAAGAAUUGACUACUGCAAAAUGCAACAGCGGACCAAUCUCAAACAUGCUCAGCCAGACACAAGCACAUACUAGGUGGUUCUGUUUAUGUGAAAUGGAAAAUAAACCAGUGCCAGAUAAAUGAUUGCUUGGGACCAGUAAUUGGGGGCUGGAAGAUUGCCUGAGAAGAGGUGGUGUUUGUACCUAGAUGCAUUUCUCAGAACUGAACCAUACACUUAAAACCGAUGCAUGGCAAAACUGGUACCCUUAAGCCAUUGAUGGCUACUUCAUUUCCUGUGAAGGCCUGGUCAGGAACGUUGCCUGCUUUCACCCUCAUCUCUUGCCAUACUCUCCCUGGCUAACCCUGCCAGUCGCCUAGCCUUUUUCCACUGGAGGCACUUUGCAUUUUUUACCUGGAAUAUUCCUUUGCAUGGCUAUUUCCUGUCUUUGGGUCUUGGCCUAAAUGUUACCAAGAGGUCUUCUGGCUUGCUGUAUCUCCUGUACUGUUCAUCUCAUCCCACUGGUGUCUCUCAAAGCACUGGUAACAAGCCAGCAUUUAUCUCUUGGUGUAUUUGCUUAUGGCUCAUCUUCCCUAGUGGAGACGGAGUACUUUUUUAGUGCAGGGAUCUUGCCUUUCAGUGAGGGCCCGACACUGUAGGAUCUCAAUAAAUUGUGAUUGAACUAGUAAGAAGUGACUACUAAAAUAGUGGUAUACAUUAAGUGUUGUAUGAACAUGCUAAAUCCAGAUAGAACCCAUUUAAGAUUCAGGCAUAUGGUAAAUAGGUCAUAUUGGUAAAUAGGUACAUGAAACCAGACGUGAGGGUGUGAGUGGUGGGGAAAAGAAUGUGUAGUAUAAAAUUGAUUGGAGUCAAAAGACCUUCUGACUAGAUGCCUCUUCAACUGUAAAUUGGAAGUGAUCUUGCCUCCCUACUUGAUAAAAUUGUUCAGAAAGAAAUGUGAAAAUAACCUGAAAACCAUAAUUAGGAUUAUUAGUUAGCUAAAAUGUUUGGAGUUUUCAUUGUGUGCCAGACACUCAUUGAGUACUCAUAACUCUGUGAGAGUCGUUACUGUUCUUAGCCAUAUUUUGUAGAGGAGGAAGCAGAGUCUCAAACCGUUGCUUGCUGGAAUUUGUAAGUAAAUGUUGGUGACAGUAUUCAAAUGCACUACCUCUGACUCCUGAGUUUAUGCUCUUACUCAGAAGUGUUCUCUUGGCUGGACUUUUUGGUCAGUCUGAUUUGUUUGAUAGGUGAGAUUGGCAAAUAUACUUUAUCUGAGCAUUGAAAAAUACUGCAAGCAUUUUAGAUAGGGUAUAAAUAAUUAUAUACCCAUUCCAUUCACAAGUAAUAAAAAAUAGUAACAGUAUAGAAAAUUUGAAGCAUGAUUCUUAGCCAGGAGAUACUUCAAACUAGCAGAUGGUAAGCCAAAAACCCCUCUUGACUGGGUUUGUCAAUCUUCCUAUAAAGCAAGAUCAAAGAUGGUGGCAAUGACUCAGGUCAUCGGUGGGAGAAUUUCUGUCCAUUUCUAUUUAUGGUUCGUCAUUGCAUCCUAUCUUGGGAUCGGUUCAUUUUCUCCAGAACUUGGGAAGUUACGAGUAACUUUGCAAGUCCAGCUCUGGCAAUCAGAAUGUCUAAGUAAAUUCAGCUCAAAAGCUUCAUGCAGGAAUUUUCGCCAUCACUCAGCACCUGGUUUUGAAAAGGUUUUCUGCACUUGUGUCCAGUGUUGAAACAGAGGCUAUCUGUUUAAAAUAGCCUCAGCUUUGAAAGGGAACUUAAAAUAGCUUGCAAGGAGGCCUGAUAUUUGGAACAAUUACUAAUGUUUUAUAUUCAUGGCUUCAGGAUAUAGCACUGUUCCACAGUCCUACCUCAGUUUAUGCUCUAGUGGACCAUCAACCAUUGCCAACGCAGGGAGGCUUUAACCAAACAGUCCAGAUUCCUGAGUUUUGGUUGAGGCUGUACUCCAAUGUCUUUCUCACUGACCUAUUUUCCUUAGCAUCAGGCCUAAGCAGAGCUUGGCUGACACCGGCUCUAGACAGUGAGGCUGGUGCGUGACAAGAACAUCUACGUUUUGGGGUUGGUGGGAAGGACAGGACUUAUGCCUCUGGAAGGGGCGGAGGCGGUGAGAAUCAGUGUCCUGAAUGGGACCCUGGUUAAAGGAACGAAGCUGCAUAGUAUGCAAACGGAGGCAAGUCUCAGCCCGGUUUUGGGAGGAGGCCGGAAGAGGGCCUCAGCGUGGUCGCUGACCAGAGUCCUGGCUGCUCCCCGGCGUGCAGCCGUCCGUGCUGGGGUUGCAGUGACGUCUCGGGGCCGCUUGGUGGUAGCCGUGUGUUUCCAAAGCUGGCUCGCCUACGGGAGAGCCCAGCUGGGAUCCCGUGAACCGACCCCAGAGCCCUGGAGGCGGCAAGGGGUGGGAAGGAGAGACGCCCUGGAGCCCCCUUCGCAGCGGCAGGGACGUAAGAAGAGAAAGGGGGCUCACUUAAGUGUGUUGCCAGUCAAGAGGGUGGCUGGGAAACUCCACGAUCACAGAGCGGGUAAAAGCGACCCCCAUUCAGUGGAGCCGCCCCGGGGCUGGGUCUGACCCGCCCCUUCUCGGCUCCCCACUGGAGCGCUGGUGAGUGCGACUAGCGAAUGUGGGCAGGUGAGGACGCUCCGUACCUAACUGCUUUCUUGGGGAGCAUCGCCUGCCCAAUUUGGGCAACGUUUGCGCGGAGGAGCGGGUCACUGCGUUCGGGCGCAGAGCUCCGACGGCUUCCAGCGCUCACCAGCUUCAGUUUCGUGGGUCCUGCCGCUUCGGAGCUGCCGGUUCCUUCGCCGAGUCUGAGCGCCUCCCCUCCAACCCCGAGCCGCCAGGAGGAGGAGGAGGAGGCAGCGAGAGGCCGCGGCAGGCAGGCGAGCAGGCAGGGCCGCCUUUGAUGUGGGCUGGGCGCACCCAGGCGAGCUGAGCGCCCGUCCGGCCGCGCCCCGAGGGGGGGAGCCCCCAGGCCCCGCAUCCUCAUUGUGCCGGCUCUGGCCCGGGCCCGCCCCCGGCCCCCCGCCCCCUCGCCGCCCGCGCGUAGAAAACGCCCCGGCCGCCGCCAGUGGUGGGAGGCGGCGAUGCGCACGGCCGGAGAGACGCGGAGGAGGAGACAUGAGCCGGCGGGCGCCCAGACGGAGCGGCCGUGACGCUUUAGUGCUGCAGCCGCGCGCCCCGACCCCGGAGCGCUGACCCCUGGCCUCACGCAGCUCCGCGCCCGGGCCGGAGAGUGCAACCCGGCUUCCAGCCCCGCCGCGCAUGCUGUCCCCGAACUGAGCCGGGAAGCCAACCUCCCACGGACGCCCGGACGGCUGCCGGCCAGCAGUGAGCAAGCUUCCCCGCACCGGCCAGGCGCCUCCUGCACAGCGGCUGCCGCCCCGCAGCCCCUGCGCCAGCCCGGAGGGCGCAGCGCUCGGGAGGAGCCGCGCGGGGCGCUGAUGCCGCAGGGCGCGCCGCGGAGCGCCCCGGAGCAGCAGAGUCUGCAGCAGCAGCAGCCGGCGAGGAGGGAGCAGCAGCAGCGGCGGCGGCGGCGGCGGCGGCGGCGGAGGCGCCCGGUCCCGGCCGCGCGGAGCGGACAUGUGCAGGCUGGGCUAGGAGCCGCCGCCUCCCUCCCGCCCAGCGAUGUAUUCAGCGCCCUCCGCCUGCACUUGCCUGUGUUUACACUUCCUGCUGCUGUGCUUCCAGGUACAGGUGCUGGUUGCCGAGGAGAACGUGGACUUCCGCAUCCACGUGGAGAACCAGACGCGGGCUCGGGACGAUGUGAGCCGUAAGCAGCUGCGGCUGUACCAGCUCUACAGCCGGACCAGUGGGAAACACAUCCAGGUCCUGGGCCGCAGGAUCAGUGCCCGCGGCGAGGAUGGGGACAAGUAUGCCCAGCUCCUAGUGGAGACAGACACCUUCGGUAGUCAAGUCCGGAUCAAGGGCAAGGAGACGGAAUUCUACCUGUGCAUGAACCGCAAAGGCAAGCUGGUGGGGAAGCCCGAUGGCACCAGCAAGGAGUGUGUGUUCAUCGAGAAGGUUCUGGAGAACAACUACACGGCCCUGAUGUCGGCGAAGUACUCCGGCUGGUACGUGGGCUUCACCAAGAAGGGGCGGCCACGGAAGGGUCCCAAGACCCGGGAGAACCAGCAGGACGUGCAUUUCAUGAAGCGCUACCCCAAGGGGCAGCCGGAGCUUCAGAAGCCCUUCAAGUACACGACGGUGACCAAGAGGUCCCGUCGGAUCCGGCCCACACACCCCGCCUAGGCCACCCCGCUGCGGCCCCUCAGGUCGCCCUGGCCACACUCACACUCCCAGAGAACUGCAUCAGAGGAAUAUUUUUACAUGAAAAAUAAGGAAGAAGCUCUAUUUUUGUACAUUGUGUUUAAAAGAAGACAAAAACUGAACCAAAACUCUUGGGGGGAGGGGUGAUAAGGAUUUUAUUGUUGACUUGAAACCCCCCGAUGACAAAAGACUCAUGCAAAGGGACUGUAGUCAACCCACAGGUGCUUGUCUCUCUCUAGGAACAGACAACUCUAAACUCGUCCCCAGAGGAGGACUUGAAUGAGGAAACCGACACUUCGAGAAACCAAAGUCCUUUUUCCCAAAGGUUCUGAAAGGAAAAAAAACAAAAAGAAAAACAAAGAGAAAGUAGUACUCUGCCCACCAACAAACUCCCCCGAACUUUCCCAAUCCUCUAUCCCUGCCCCAAACUCCAACAAAAAUCGCUCUCUGGUUUGCAGUCAUUUAUUUAUUGUCCGCUGCAAGCUGCCCCGAGACACCGCGCAGGGAAGGCGUGCCCCUGGGAAUUCUCCGCGCCUCGACCUCCCGACGACAGACGCCUCGUCCAAUCAUGGUGACCCUGCCUUGCUCGCAGUUCUGGAGGAUGCUGCUAUCGACCUUCCGUGACUCACGUGACCUAGUACACCAAUGAUAAGGGAAUAUUUUAAAACCAGCUAUAUUAUAUAUAUUAUAUAUAUAUAAGCUAUUUAUUUCACCUCUCUGUAUAUUGCAGUUUCAUGAACCAAGUAUUACUGCCUCAACAAUUAAAAACAACAGACAAAUUAUUUAAAAAACCA